AUGCUGCAGUCUAUCCCAGAUGAGCAGAAAGACGACACAAUUAGAUUGCUUCAAUUGCUCAUAUAUUCGGAUGAGCCUCUCGAUCUGGAGGAAGCGGUGGAUGCCCUAGCGGUAGACCUUACUGCGGAACCUUACUUCGAACCAGAGUAUCGUACCCCAGUACCCACAGAAAUCAUCAUAUCUUGCACGAGCUUGGUGAUGAUAGAACGGGUUGACAUAUUAAGCCCAGACAACUACCGGCAGGUGCUUCAACUUGCACACUUCUCUGUUCAGCAAUACCUCAAGUCAGAUCAAGUAGAUCCAGGCUGGAAGCAUUUUCUGUCAGAGACUCAUGCUAAGGCAAGCAACGCCAGGUUGUGUCUUGCUUAUUGUUUCGAUCUAGAUCGAUACGGUAUCGAGGAUGACGGUCUGGAUUAUGAUGAUGAAUACCUGAAGCAGAGGCCUUUCACGAACACAGCAGCAAGAAUAUGGACGCAGUAUGCUGUGCAAGUCAAGGCGCAGGACAACAAGCUCCUCGCAUUGAUAAAAGACUUUCUCUUUUCCGACAAGCGCGAGAGGGCUCGUCUCAAUUGGCUUCGCAUGAAGGACAGCGAGGACCAAUUGAUCCCUAAUCGAGAGUGGUACACAGAGUGGUUUCGUGCAAGUCCAGAAAAGCUUGUCCCGUUGACCAUUGCCUCGGCGUGCGGCUUGUAUCAUUCUGUGGAAUCACUACUGCUCUGCAACACCGAUCCAAACGUAUUCUGUCCAGUAUGGGGAUCUGCGCUCUAUGCGGCCUCAUAUGGAGGACAUGAGGACAUCGUCCGGCUUCUGCUCUAUCACGGGGCUAGGCCUAACAUGAGAGCUGGACGGGUAGAGCUGAGCAUUGCUAUCUCCUCUCCGAUUUCGACAAAACGGCUCGAGAUUUUCCAAGCAUUGUUGCAAUAUGUUGUUGAUGUGAAUGUUUGUGACGAAGUUGUUGGGCUCCCACUUGUUCAAGCGGCAGCACAUGGAGACAGACGAAUCGUCGAUACGCUUCUUCAAAAAGGUGCCCAGGUUGAGGCUAUCGACAAUCAAGAAAGGAAAGCCCUUCAAGCAGCGGCUGUUUAUGGAGACGAUGAAAUCGUUCGGAAGCUCCUAGAGCACAAUGCUGAUGUAAAUUCGAGCGGUAAGCCCAACGGCAGUGCUCUAAUCUCUGCGUGCUACUGGGGCCACGAACAAGUUGUCCGAACACUUCUCAAAAACGGUGCCAACAUCUCUAAUCAGUCUGGUCAAUACCACUAUAAGACUGCCCUGGAUGCUGCUUGCCAUCUUGGCCAGGAAGUAAUCUUUCGGUUGCUUAUCAAGCAUGUCGGUGAGAAUUCACUGCAUUUCGACGAAGGUUCACUCGAUAAAUGCUUGAUUUCCGCCUGCAAUGGUGGACACGACAAGAUCGUAAAACUUCUCUUGGAACACGAAGUCAACGUAAAUGUACCUCAUAUCAGCUUCGGGAGUCCUCUUCUCACAGCGUCCGAAUAUGGCCACGAGGAAGUCGUGCGGCUGCUCCUGGAUCACGGCGCCGACGUCCAUCAAGCUUGGCAGAGCAGAAAUAGAAGCAAUGUUCGUGCUCUGUACCUAGCAUGCAAGGAAGGACACGAAGGGUUAGUCGAAUUAUUACUCGACCAUGGCGCUGACGUCAACGCCCAAGGUGGAGACUUGGAUACAGCCCUCAUGUUAGUAUGUGACAGAAGCUAUGAGCGACUUGUCGAACUGCUCCUUGCACGAGGAGCAAAUAUCAAUCAAGUCGGCGAAGCAUAUGGGACUGCUCUCAUUUUAGCCUGUAUGCAACGUCGAGAAUCUGUCGUAAAAAUACUGCUUGCGCAUGAGGCCGAUCUCGACCAAGCAGAGGUUUCCUCUCGAAGCUUUCACAACGCGUCAGUAUCAAGAACACCACUUCUUCAUAUCAUAGCGAUGGCCAAGCCUCUCCGUGAUGGUAGACUCUCGGGAUCUCAAGCUGCGUGGCUGCGAAUCUUGGAGAAAUUGGUAGCUGCUGGAGCUGAUGUGAACAAAGCAGAUGACCAAGGUCAGACGCCACUUCAUUACGCAGCAGUCUCAGGAAGCCCAAACUUGACAACAACGCUGAUCGAAGCAGGCGCCUUGCUUGAUCAAGUAGACGGAGAUGGGCAGACUCCUCUUUCUGAGGCCGCGAAGUGUAAAUUUAAGGGAAGCACGGAAGUUCUAUUGAACGCUGGAGCCAGGACAGAUAUGCAAGACUGUGAUGGUAGGACUGCACUCCAUCACGCAGCCGAGCAUGGCUGGCUCGAGAUCUGUACAAUACUAGUCGAAGCUGGCGCGAAGCUCGAUGUCUUGGACAGUCAAGGGCUCACUCCCUUGCAACUCGCCGAGCAAGAAGAUCACACCGAGGUUGUUACAUUUUUGUUAUGA